AUUUAUCUGACUACUGUGAAAAAAAUAUUUCUUUUGUUUACAUGUAUAUUUUUUUAUAAUAAAUAGUAAAAAUAAUUAAUUUUUUUAUAAAAAUAUUACUUCAAUAUGGAGCAUUCUGUACAUUAUAUAGAAUUAUCGAAAAAUCCUAUAAGAUUCGAUGCAGUUAGUCAAUUAACUAAUGUCUUUUUUGAUGAUUCCAAUAAGCAGAUAUUUGCCGUACGCUCUGGCGGCGCCACCGGUGUAGUAGUUAAAGGUCCCUCUGAGGAUAAGGUCAUUUCAUUUUGUAUGACCGAUCGUGGUGCUAUACGUUCGAUAAAAUUUUCACCAGAUAAUCAAAUUUUGGCCGUACAAAGACGUGAAAAUUCCGUAGAGUUUAUAUGCUUUCAGGGUGAUCAGCCCAUGCUGCAGGAAAUUAUCGUACAUCAAGUAAAAGCCUUAAUUUAUGGUUUUGUUUGGGUACAUAAUAGAGAAUGUGCCUUGAUAUCGAAUUCGGGUGUGGAAAUAUUCACCAUAGUGGCAGAGAAGAGUCAAGUUAAAUCCGUUAAAGCCAUGAAUAUGAGUAUUAAAUGGUUUGCCUGGUGUUCCGAGGCCAAUAUAGCUGUUUUAUGUACAGCCGAUAGUAAUAGUUCUUUAAUACCGGUAUUGAUCAAACAAAAAUCUAUAACCAAAUUGCCCAAAUUGGAUUUGGGCAGUUCCAACCGCGAAAUCCAGGAAAGUAAAGUUACUUUAGGUCAAAUCUAUGGUGUUAUGGCCGUUUUGAUCUUACAAGCUAGUGCCUCGGGUAUGAUUGAGGUAGAAGUUUAUUUAUUAAAUGGCCCCGGUUUGGCUCCUCGUAAAUGUCAUGUUUUACGUUUGGGUUUGGUGGGACGUUUUGCCAUUAAUACAGUGGACAAUUUGAUUGUGGUACAUCAUCAGGCCUCGGCUACUUCUUUGUUGUUUGAUAUUUCCCUAAGCGGUGAGAUAGUUAAUGAUAUAACCUAUCAUUCUCCCAUUACUGCUGGACGUUCAAUAAGACCUUUUGCCUUGAAAUUGCCCAGUUUGCAACCGGAUGGUCAAAUUUUACAAUGUGAAUUGUACUCCACAAAUUGGGUUCUAUUUCAACCCAACAUUGUUAUAGAUGCCAAAUUAGGUUGCAUGUGGUAUCUACACUUGGAUAUUGAAUCUUUGUGCACUUUAAUAUCAGAUCGUAUAAGAUUAACCGAAUUUCUUUUGCAACGUCACAAUGGUAAACAGACUCUACUAAAAGUACUCAGACAACUAGUAGAUGAACAAUAUAAUGGAGCCUUUUUACCAGUAUUGGAAACUAUCUUCAAUAAGAUCAAUAAAGUAUAUGCAUCCUGGGUUCAUUUGGAAUUACAAAAUCAAACAGCUCAACCUUCAAAUGUUAAGACCACACCCAAAUCUCCCACUCCUCCUAAAGUUCUAAUCGAACAAAUCGAUAUGCAUACCCAAGUAUUCCAAUCUAUUGUAGAGAAACCACAGUGCCAAACUAUACUCUUACUUUAUCUACAAUCCUUGUGCAAACAUAAUAUAGCCGCCCAAGAGGAUCUCAGUAAAAUGCUUAUAAAUGAAUUGAUUUUAAAUAAAAGUUUUGAUACUCUACGUCGUUUAGCCGAAUAUUCAUUGCUGAUGGAAUCAAAGGCUAUAGCCUGCUAUUUACUUUCACAUUCUAAUGAAGAUCCUGCUGUCUCACAAGUUGCCUUAGAUAUGUUAACAAAAAUUAAAGCUCAUGAAAUUAUUAUAGAAGUUUUACUGGGCCAGGGUAAGGUAGUGGAUGCUUUACGCUUGGCCAUUAAUACCAGUGAUGCGGGUCGUAUAUCGGCUAGAAAAUUUCUAGAAGCUGCUCAAAAAUCACAAAAUGAUAUGACCUUUCAUAGUGUUUUUAAAUAUUUUCAAAUGUGUAAUUUGAAACAGCAUGGUUCGAUGGAGUUUUUAAAAACUGAACAAUGUACGGAAUUUGUUCAAUAUUACAAUAAUUUGUAUAAAACUAAUUAGCCAAUCUAGGUUUUGAAAACCUUAGGGUAGUUUUUAUAAUAAUUUAAGGUGCUUUUUUUCAUAAUAAAAACUUACAGUAUUCUGGAUAAAAUAAA